AUGGCUUCAAAGUUUCGAGCCUUUUGGAAUCACCCAAUUGGACCCAAAACCGUUCACUUCUGGGCACCUACAAUGAAAUGGGGUAUCAGCAUUGCCAAUAUUGCUGAUUUUACAAAACCACCUGACAUGAUCUCGUAUCCUCAACAAAUAGCUGUUAUGGCUACUGGACUAAUCUGGGCGCGUUACAGCACUGUAAUUAUACCAAAAAAUUGGAACCUUGUUAGUGUAAACCUUGCAAUGGCUGGAACUGGCAUAUACCAACUCUCGCGCAAAUUGCGGCAAGAUUAUUCUUCAGAGGAAGCUGUAGCAAAAGAAUGA